AUGUCAGCGCUACGGAUAUUGGUCCCCAUCAAGCGGGUGAUUGACUAUGCGGUCAAGCCGCGCGUCAACAAGGCGCAAACCGGCGUCGAGACGGCCGGUGUCAAGCACAGCAUGAACCCCUUCGACGAGCUCUCGGUCGAGGAGAGCGUGCGCAUCCGCGAGAAGUCCCGGGCCCCCGGCGGCGUUGAAGAUAUCUGCGUCCUCAGCGCCGGGCCCCCGAAGGCCCAGGAUAUCUUGCGCACCGCCAUGGCCAUGGGCGCCGAUCGGGCCAUUCACGUCGACGUGAAGGAGGGCGACGACCUCGAGCCCCUAGCCGUUGCCAAGCUGCUCAAGGGGGCAGUAGAGCAGCAGAAGAGCAACCUCGUCAUCCUCGGCAAGCAGAGCAUUGACGACGAUGCCAACCAGACGGGGCAGAUGCUGGCCGGGCUGCUGGGGUGGCCGCAGGCAACGCAGGCGAGCAAGGUCGAGUUCGGCGAGGGAGACGCUGUCAACGUCACGCGUGAGGUGGACGGUGGCGUGGAGACGGUGCGCGCGAAGCUGCCGAUGAUCAUUACGACGGAUCUCCGCCUCAACGAGCCCCGCUAUGCCAGCCUACCGAAUAUCAUGAAGGCGAAGAAGAAGCCGCUGGAGAAGAAGACGCUGGCCGACUUCGGCGUUUCGGCGGAGAAGAGGCUCAAGGUGCUCAAGGUUACGGAGCCACCUGCGAGGCAAGGCGGCGGCAAGGUCGAAGACGUGGAUGGUCUCAUUUCCAAGCUCAAGGAGCUCGGCGCUAUCUAA